GUGCGAGUGCCACUAAAUCUCACCCUAACGUCCCUUCUCUUUAGGAGAGACUGUUAGCGGGAUCCAGGUGGCCAGUAAGUACGUGUGCAUGACUUCCCCACCAGGUCCGGCCGUGUCUGUGGGGACUCCCGAGGGUGGCCGUGUCGCAAGCCCCGGGACCGGGCGGAUAAGCCUCUGCCCUUGCAAUAGGUGGGGAAAGUGAUCCGGGCCGGAGCGGGCGGACCCGUCCCUGCAAGGGGAAAGCGUCUUUCCGAUCGCUCACCAGGCGCUCGCCUCAGGGGGCUCCGAGCCAGCCGCGCCGAGGUAGCAAGAGCUCUGUCGGCGAGGACAGGAGUGGGCGCCCUUUGCAAGAGCCCGGGGCCGGCGUGGGCCUGCUCCCAGGUCCGUCCCUCCAACCUGCCCGUGUGUGAAGGGGAAGGAAGAGGUUAGGCAGGCGGGGGAGGAUCGCAGUGCUCCUCCUAGACAGCAGCUCCUCAGCGUGCAGCCCGUCGGCGGCAGAGACCCGAUGGCGCCUUAUCCGUUACCCCCGGACGGUCCUUCCAGGCUACUCGACGGGUUUAGGGUCGGCACCAGCAGAGAGGGAUGCCGAGAUUUCGGCGGCGCGGGAGUCCUCCCAAAUCGGCAGGAAGCCCCGGGGCGGGCGGCAGAGACCCGCGGGACAUGGCGGUACCUGCCGCAGCCAGGUGAGACGCGGGGCAGAGGCGAGUCCGCUGCCGCGCCAAACGUGAGAAGAGGAAUCCUGCCGUCUUCCUUCAGAACUGCUAAUUAAUAAUCACCGGAGGGGUGGGGGAGGAAGCGGUGUUGCUCCUACGAGCACGCGUGGCGCAGCUCCCGCGGGCAGUGUGCUCGCAGGGUACGCGUGGGAGCACCGCCCCGGCCCCUGCGCAUCUGCACCGGCCACUACCAAAACCGAAAACGCCCGCAGCGCGUAGCCGCAUCCUCCCCAGCAGCGUCUCCCUCCUUUCGCAGCGUUUCUUUUUGAUAGAAGAAACGCCACAAACACCUGCCGCUGAAAAGACCGAACCCGUUGUCUUCUCGGCGACAAAUUACACUUCGGUAUUUUCUUCCCCCCCGCUGCGUUAAAGGUUACCUCAUGCAUCGCCAAUCUUGAAACAACAUUUUAAAAUUCAGAGGGUUCUACGACAAAAGAGAUUAAAAUCAGCAUUAUUAGAUUAGCCAAGUAUUCCAUUUUCUCUUUAAACUUUCACCAAAACUGUCAGGUUUUGUUAUUAUGAAAUUACGUUAAUUUUUACAAACUAGAGAAUUCCCUUUUCAAAUCUUUUAAUGCGUGAAUCUAUUUAUUGGUGGAAUCUACGUGUAACGUAAUAGCGAAAGACUUUGCCGGUAUUGAAGAUCGUCUAAGUUUACAGGAUCCGCCGCUUCCCACGAGUACACCCGAAUCUAAACCACCCUCGGCCGGCACCUGGGAUACUACCGGCCCCGGGCCCUGCUCCCCCUCGCCCUGGGCUCCCCGCACAACGCAGCCCUCCCGCCCGGUACCUGCGGGGGGUGCGGGAUCGGGACGGCUGCUGGGUUUGCCAGGUUCUGAAGUGCCGACCCCUGAGUUUGGUCCCUUAAUCUCCGCGUCUGAAACGGACAACAGACAUAAAUAGAAGUCUUUGCCCAGCCUAAGCGGAGUAUUUAAUUUCCCGUGAAAACUAGACCUCUCCUGGUACAGAAAAAGCCUUUCCUGCAGGGGACUGUUUUUCGAACCAAUGUGGGGGUGUUUCUUAUCUUGAAAUAACCAAGCUUGAUAAAGUGAAAAUGUUUUCUUCAUCGCUUAGGUCUGCGGUGUUCCACCUGGGAGGAAGAACUGCCAAAGCCCUUCCAAACCUUCGUCCCUCUCGCCCUUCCAGCGGCAAAACAAGCAGACCCCCUGCUCAUCGAGGGUGGGAAAACAGAGGUCGUCGGCAGCUGCGUGAUGCCCUCUUGGCCCUGCGCAGCGCCGGGCACCGGCACCCUCACUGGCCGCCUCAGCCGUGCAGGGCACGGAGCGGUCGCGGGCUAACAGGGCGGGCUGAGACAAGGAUUCUCCGAAUCAGGACGAGUACCGGGACUUCCCGAGAGAAACCCUCAGCACUGCAGCCCGAGGAGGGGACGAGAAGCCCGGACUCUUCUACACCGGGACGUGUCGGGAACUUCUGGAAACGGCCAGCGCUACUUCCCGCAGUCAUUCCCUUCCAGCCAGGGAGAGAGUUCCCCGCCCUGCUGCAUAGCCGGGCACCCACUCCUGCAGCCCAGGCCGGGAGCGUUGGCAGCAGGUCCCUAGGGAGCACCCCAGCAUGCUGGGGGGAGCUGCUUCCCCGUGCCUGGGUCACCUGCUCACCUCCUCCCCGGAGAUCCCGACCUCGAUGCCAGUCACUCCGUCUAAGCAAACCCUUCGCCGGCUCCCUGGCCUCGGUGCACAGCCGAGAGCAGUGGCCGAAGAGGUGGCAGUUGAGGAGACAGCAUCUUCUUUGCCGAGGUCUAGACGCGGGCGGGCCGGAACUUUUUUCCCUCUCCUCUCCAAACACGGCCCGAUCCAAAUCUUUGCCAGGGAGCAAUCAGGCUUGUUUUGCUCGGUGUUCCAUACCUAUGUUAAUUCCCGAUAAUGCUCAAUCUCUGAUUGUGCUCGAAGGCACACUGUACAAGAUUAACAUAUUUCCAGAAGGAGAAUUAUUCUAGAGUCCCACGCGAUCCCAAGCAAAAGGGGCUCGGGAACCUGUUCCAGCCCGGGCAGAGCUGAAGCACCUCCCCAGCUGGCGUUUCCCUGUUCCCCUUUCUCACCUGCCGUGCCAACCAGCUGAAGGACUGGUAAUUCUUACUACCCCA